GUGAUCUUGCGCCUUUCAAGAGUAUAAACUGAGGUGCCUGAAGGUCAGAAUGAUGUCUGUACCAGUGAAGGUAAAUAUAGUCUUCAGUUGUCUCAUAUUCACAUGUGAGUGUGACAGAUUCUCCUUCUCUUUUACUGACUUAAUCUCCUACAGGAGAGAUUUUGUCUCCAGAUAUUAGUCCUGGAAAAAGUGGAGAAAAUGACAGAAAUAAAUACACUCAGGUGAGGGGAGAAAAUGAGAGACAGGUGAAACUAAUCAGGGCAAAUACUGUAUUCAGCCUUUCUUCCAACCUAAACUCAACGUGCUGCGCUGCACCAGGUUUGUGCUGCGUUCGAUGGACUCCAGAAUAGUAAUAAUUAGUUGGUCACACCAAGGUGUGGCAGGAGGUUGAACUUGUGUUUGUGCUCAGUUACAGAAAAAAUGGGGCCCAUUUUGUUGCUUUCAGCGUAUUCAUCUCAGUGUCCCCUGGUUGUUUGCUACCACUGGGGGGCAGCAAAGAGGCAGGUUUUAAAAACCUACACAUAGUGUCUUUAACCUGCGUUUUCCUUUAGACAGUGUUACCUCAUCCUGCAUGUAGUCGUCGCUGGUCGAUUCAGCUGAGACGUCUUCUGUUGUACAACUGGAACUUUUACCUAGUAUAAACUGAGGUGCCUGAAGGUCAGAAUGAUGUCUGUACCAGUGAAGAGAGAGACAGACAGAGACUUGCCAGCGCAACCAACCAGCUGAAGGAGAGUAUGGCCCUGCUGGAGCUGGAAUUGCUGAAUUCAAAGAGGUGACCAAAGCCAGGCUGUCUGACCACCCAGACAACACUCUACAGCAGCUUAAAGAGGAGCUCCAGCAGCUCAAGAGAGACAACCAGGCCUUGACAUCUGACCUCAGAGGAAGUCUAGAGAACAGUGUGCUCAGUUAGCCAAAGUGAAGGAGGAUGCUGAGAAUGGAGAAAGGAGCUUCACCAGGCAAGUCCAACACCUAACAGACCAACUCUCAUCAGUCCCCACAAUGACAAGUACUGAGACACAGACUCUCCCUGUCUUGUCUCUGUCCGACCCUCUCUGCUCUGUACCCUGGAACCUGCUGAUACAUCCACACAGCCAGCUCUGCCCAUCCCAGCUUCGCUCCACUCAGCCUGAAGAGGAAGCCCCACAAGUGGUCCUGCUGGCUGGCUCUCAUGGGAAAUUCCUUGACGCAAACAAGCGUUUUCCUGUUAAGAAAAUGUUAUCUAAACGCUGCAGCACCACAGGUCAGGCAAUGAAGCUUUUGAAAAAGGAGACCCUCAAGAGCCCUCAAUGCCUGGUGAUCCACACAGGAACAAAUGACCUACACAGCCUCCGUAAAGACACUGCUGAGGCGGUGAGGAAGAUGGCGGAGCAGGUCAGUAAGGAGUUCCGUGACACCUGCAUUGUGGUCUCCACCCUACUGCCUAGGACGGACACCCUUCCUCAUGUCAUCCAUGACAUUAAUAUGGAGAUCAGAAGAGGAUGUGCCACCUUACCCAACGUCCACCUGGCCCACCCAACCAUUGGCACCUGGGACCUCUAUGAUGGACUCCAUCUACACAGAGAGCGAGUGAAGAUAUUUGCAAAGACCCUCAAAGACAGAGCCCUGGGACACAAUGCCACCACCCUGCUGCAGCCUUUACAGUCACCUGAUCUCAACCCAGUUUCACACCUGUGGAAGGUUUUGGACCAAUGUGUAAGACAACGCUCUCCACCACCAUCUCCAUAAGACCAGAUGAUCUGUGACGUCUGUCUCUGAGGCUGUCUGUCCUUUAGCUUGUGUUUCUCUCUACCUGCUGUACUCAGGUCUGCCUGAUCUCAGUGAGACGAUCUGAUUAAAUAAAGGCUGUAUAUAUAACUGA